GCCGGUAGACAUAAUAGAAUGCACAUAUGCAAGAGAUGAACAUUUCGCUGACAGCGCUCGCAAAUUUCAAGAUUUAUGCAUAAAUAUAGGCCUAUGAGCAAAGGUCACAGGCAAGCGCGAUUUCUAAUGAUCAACAUUGACAACAAAGCAUCAUUUUUUAACUCGUUGGAAGAUCUUACUUUCGAAGCGACUUGCGCUUUUGAAGCUUUAUUGUCCAAGAGGACGUAGUAGCCUAUGGCAAUUACAUUUUCUCUAGAAGAACUCUUCUUUGAAUAGGAAGCUUCUUCUCACGAUUACUGGGACUAUGGACGAACUUUAGCUACUGUGAAAGCCUUCGAUUCCAUUCACUUACCAUUAUUAGAUGGAGACUGCUGGAGGUUUUCCGUAGGCCCGACAUACGCAGAUGGUUUCGUGUGUCUACGAUCAUUAAGAAGCAUGGACGAGCUAUCGAACUACCUAACGGAACGCGAUAGAGAGAGUAAGCUUGACAACAACGGCGAAGUGAGAAGGAUUCAAUACGCCAUCGAAAGUGUGCUUAAAGACAUCACGAAAUCUGUACAAGAAAGGGACCAUAGAUUUGCCGGCACCCUGAUUCCUGUAGGGAGCUUUUAUUCUGAUCUUAAGAUCGGUCUCCCAGGCGAGUUCGACUUCAUUUAUGAACUCAGUACACUCGAGGAAGGAAAGGACUUCGAGGUGAUGCCUUCAGGGUUUCGAGGAACUAGAAAUUUGUGGCGAACCGCAGAAGGGGAUCCGGGUAAAAAGAAAAUAUUUCUUAAAAAUCCGAAACAAUUCUUCCGAGGCUGCGAAGAUGCGUCAUUAAUAUGGAUUCAUAAAACUUGGACAAACGAGUUCGUCCUAGACCCAAUUGCAGUAAAGAACUCAUUUUUUUCAAUUAUAGGUGACGUCGUGGAGAGUAUCCACCCAUCUAAUCUCCCGAGAUAUUUAACCUUUUCAAAUGUGGGUACCACCAUCGACUUCGUGUUUGGUCCCGCAAUCACUCUGUUUUUUAAUUGGAGCGGCCGUGCUUACCCAAAUCUCACGAUUUCAGUCGACAUGACAAUAGCCAUUAAAGCGAUGAAGUGGCGAUCUCACUUCGACUUUCUAAGUGACAAGAGCAUUGUACCAGAUUCUUUUAUGAGGAAGAUCUUACUGAAGGGAAUCCGAAGGCAUGGCUACCACUUGGUGCCAAACACAUCAGGAAACAGAAAUCUGUGGAAGCUGUCCACUUCUUUCUUGGAAACCAGAUUUUUCAUGAGAUUUCCCAAGGACGCAAAGAUCAAGCAGUUUAUUCGAGUAAUGAAGUGUGUGAAAUGCGAUCACCUUAAAAACAAAUGGAGUUUGGACUUGAUGAAGAUAAAAGAAUUGGCAGAUAUCGUGAGAGCAAUGGAAACUUUUCUCCGACCGGAGGAGCCUGAUGAGUUCCAUCACCUUGUGUCCUCAUACCUUGUGAAAACAUCCGCUUUCACAGUAUGCGCUGGUGCAACGUCUACUGAGUGGAAAAGGGCGUCCCUCGCAGCUCUAUACUUGGUCACGCUUUGUUGUUUAUACAAUACGAUAAAAAGACGUACUCUCUCAAACUUUUUCAUUUCAAGGCAGAAACUCAAUGCUCCUGUGUGUGGUGAAGUUAUACCUGGAUUUCAUGUUAUUUUCCAGGAUAUUUGGGAUGUCAUAAGCAAACACAGGAAAGGGGGGGUUGAUAUGAGCACAUUGAAGAAGGAGGACGUAUUCAAUCCAGAGACAGUGUUGGCACUCUUUGAGAUAACAAAGGACGAAAUUGAUUUAUAUUUCAGCAGUGUUUGGAACUCCGAGAAAUUGAUCAAAACAUACGGGUUUUCCCAAAAACAAAGUUGAUGAAAGGAUCAUGGUUCGUGCUUAACCCGCUCGCUCAAAGUCAUUCUCCGUUUCAAUACCGUUGAAAUUCUUGUGUUCAUAGUUUUUAAUGUCUAGAAACAUAGUGCAAAGAGACGAUGCCUUUAGUUGCUUACACUCUUUACGAUUUUGAUUUGAAGCAAAAAGAGGUUGAGACUAUAAAUCAAGCUAAAAUAUCUAUUUCUAGGCUCACAACAUUUUGAGAUGUAUUACAGCCUUUUGUGGUGUUUAUCAUAGAUAGAUAUUUACCUCUGUAAUGAGCGAACCCUGGCAAUUAUAGAUGUGUAGACUUGCACAACAAAUAAUGUGUCCGAUUACGAGCCAGGCCGAGGCACGGACGUAGCUCUCACAGUCGUCAACAGCUCGCCAGAUCGCACAGGGGAGAUUGUGCUGUUCCAGGAAUAGUAUGAAGGGGUCUACAAAUAUAAUGGUAAUGAUGAGGACAUGCACAGUUAACUGAUACCUUAGUAGUUACAACAGAUUGGGAACCUGUUAACUUGAACACCCAAGGGAGGAUUCUCACCAUCAGUAUACAGAGGAACCCUGUUAUCUCGAACCCUACAGUAGAAGUAUCAAUAUAAAGUUGAACCCUGUUAUGUCGAACCCUCAAGGGAGGAGUCUAACAAUCAAUAUACAAUUGAACCCUGUUAACUUGAACCCUCAAGGGAGGAGUCUAACAAUCAAUAAACAAUUGAACCCUGUUAGCUUGAACCCUCGAGGGAGGAGUCUAACCAUCAAUAUACAGUUGAACCUUGAACUAUCAAGGGGGUAUACCUCAUUAACCUGUAUUGUGAGACGUAUGUAAAAGAAGCGCUGGAGAUGCUCGCCUGUAGUGACAUUUUCAGUUACAGUGCUUUCACACUAAUUACACUCAUGUUGGUAAGCUGUGUGCAGCAGUGCGUAUCUCUACGGAGUGAAGGCCAUCUGAUAAAGUCUUGCAAUAAUGAUAAUUUGCGCUUUAUAAAUACGGGAAAUGU